AUGCAAGACUGUGCUUCAAUUCCUAACGCUGAAUUUAUUUUACAAUCUGACGGUUCAAAUGAUGAGUUCAGCUCCGAUGAAAAGCAAAGCAGAAAUUCGGUAAAUUCGUUUGGUUGCAUAGCACCACGUAAUUCCAUAAAUGGACAAAAAUUUUAUUCGUUAGCUGAUGUUUCGAACAAUUAUUGCUCCAUGGAAAAUGCCAAUGCCAAACAAAAGCGAUCCUCCAAACUAUUCGAUCGACCGGAACUUUUCACCGAAAAAUUAAAAGGAACAUGGAUUGAACAAGUUUUUGUGAAGCGCGAAUGCAUUAAAUAUAUUCCAACGUUUGGAACAAAUAAAUGUGGUUGUGGAUUAUCUUUAAAUGCACAUAGUUUGGCAGUAAUAUCACAAUUUAGAGCGACAAUGAUGAACGAUGAAGCAGCGGUGCGAUCAUCAAAUCAGCCAGUAAGUUGGAAUAUUGCGGAACAUACAAAAACCGCUUAUACGGAUGCCUUUGGAACCUUGGAAUUUUCGGGUGGUGCUCAUGCUCAUAAAGCGCAUUAUGUUCGAUUGGGUUACGAUUCAGAUCCAUCUGAUAUAAUGUAUUUGAUGGAGAAAAUUUGGGGCUUGGAACCACCUCGUCUUGUUAUUACAGUUCAUGGUGGCAUCACUGAUUUCGAGGUACAAGAGAAACUUGGUCAAGUAUUUCGAAAAGGUAUGCUAAAAGCAGCACAAACAACCGGAGCUUGGAUUAUCACUGCCGGAAUAGAUGCCGGAGUGGUACGUCAUGUUGCUACAGCUCUCGAUGAAGCUGGCAUUUCAGCGCGAAUGCGAUCAAAGGUGGUAACGAUAGGAAUUGCACCAUGGGGUUUAUUAAAACGACAUGAAAAAUUAAUUGGAAAAGAUAUCGUUGUAUCCUAUGAUCCACGUUCUUUUUCUUCAAAAAGUAAAUAUGCGACAUUAAACGAUCGGCAUUCAUAUUUCCUACUUGUUGAUAAUGGCACAAAUGGAAGAUAUGGCGCUGAUAUCAUUUUGCGGAAACGUUUUGAAGAAUUCAUAGCUCGAAAACAAACAAUUGGUUUGGGAACGCGACAUGUACCUGUCAUUUGCGCAGUGCUUGAAGGUGGUACUUGCACUAUCCGAGCAAUACUUCAAUAUUUAGCGAAUCAACCACCAGUUCCUGUUAUCGUUUGUGAUGGUAGUGGAAGAGCUUCAGAUCUUAUUGCAUUUGCGCAUCGACAUAUUCUGGAAAAUGGUAAUUUACCGCGAGAAAUUCGUGCGCAGCUUCUCAUCCUUGUUGCUUCGGUAUUUCCUUAUAGUUCAACACCAGCGGAACAAAUUCUGGAAGAAAUAUUAUGCUGUGCUAAACAUCGUGAUUUGCUGACAGUUUUUCGUUUGAGCGAAAAUAAAAAGCAAGAUGUUGAUCAUGCUAUUCUCAGUGCCAUAUUGAAAGGACAGAAUCUAUCAGCAGCUGAUCAACUUUCACUGACCCUUGUAUGGAAUCGGGUGGACAUUGCACGCUCUGAUAUCUUCGUGGGGAAUCAACAUUGGAAUCCGUAUUUAUUAUAUAAUGCAAUGAUGGAAGCAUUGGCAUUGGAUCGCGUCGAUUUCGUUAAACUCUUACUGGAAAAUGGAGUUUCAAUGAAGAAAUUCUUGACGAUCAGUCGACUAGAACAACUUUACAAUAUGGAACAGGAUUCAAUUCUGCCUUUAAUCAACGACAGCAUUUCGAUAAUUGAUGGACGAAUUACACUGCCAAAAAUUGGAGUAGUUAUUGAACGACUGAUGGGGAAUGCUUACAAAUGUUCAUACACGUCGAGAAAAUUCAAAAAUAAAUAUGAAAAAUGCAGAAAGAAAGCAUUGGUCUCAAGAAUUCCAAGUUUCCGGAAUUUUUGUGUGACAUAUUCAAAAACAAGGAAAGUGGAUGAAGAAGCUAGGAACAAUACGCAGAAACGGUUGCGCAGAGAAAGUAAAGAGGAUGACGAAUUUCAAUUUCCAUUCAAUGAUUUAAUGUUAUGGGCAGUCCUGUCACGUCGACAGGAAAUGGCACGUUGCAUGUGGAUGUAUGGUGAGGAGGCAAUGGCUAAAGCAUUGGCUGCGAUAAGACUUUAUAAAAGUAUGAGUAAAGAGGCUGCAGAUGAGUAUAUAGAAGUUGAAGUAUCCAAUGAACUUCGGCAGUUUGCAGAAGAAUUCAAAAGAGAAAGCUUAAGUUUGCUCAAUCACUGCUAUCUGCAAGAUGACGCGGGAACUCUUAGAUUGCUAACAGCUGAAUUACCUAACUGGGGACAUCAUACUUGUCUUUCCUUAGCUGUUAUUGCGAAUAAUCGAAGAUUCUUGGCUCAUCCAUGCUGUCAAAUUUUGCUGGCAGAUUUAUGGCAUGGUGGUCUCGGCAUCAAAAGCAUUUUGUUGCUGGAUGUGAAAGCACGAAUUUCCAACCGUCGCAUGGAUUCUUUCACACGGCGUUCAUUUGUGACCGAAGAGAAUGAGUUUAAUAACGACAAAGAAGAUGACGAUCAUAGUCAAAACAGUGCUUCUUCAUCGUUUUAUACAUCAGAACACUUAAAAAUAAGACGGAAAAGCAAAUACAAAACAACCGCACUCUCCCAUCGCAUGUCAAAUUUUUUCGAGACAGCCAAUUUAAUCGAGGAAACUUUACGGGUCAAAUCAAGAAUUGGAGAAUCACGGAAAUCAGUCGGUACAAGUUUGCAAGAAGUUGAAGAGAUGACUCGAAAAAUGUCGUGGGCCGCUAAAUUUAAUGUCUUUUAUUCCGCACCAAUUACAACUUUCUGGAUAUGGCUUGCAAGUUAUUUUGUAUUUCUGAGCGCCUAUACGUAUGUAAUAUUGAUUGAAUUUCCAGUGAAUCCAACUCAAGUGGAAUGGUUUCUCCUUGCAUACGUUGUCGCAUUUGUUAUGGAACAUUUUCGAAAAUUGUUGGUACAGGAAGCAAGUACCAUUUGUGAGAAAAUACGUGUCUAUUUCAAUCACUGCUGGAAUUAUUUAACUUCCUUAGCUAUUAUAACAUUCUUUAUUGGUUUCGCAUUUCGAUAUAAUGAAUUGACACGUCAUUCAUACGGACGAAUCAUCUUAUCAUGCAAUGUUGUAUUCUGGUACAUCAAACUUCUGGAUUUUAUGGGUGUUCAUCCAAGACUAGGACCAUACAUACAGAUGACAGGGAAAAUGAUUGUAAAUAUGAUGUAUAUUCUGGUUUUAUUGCUGGUGACAUUGAUGUCUUUCGGAAUUUCACGACAAGCGAUCACUUAUCCUCACGAAAAAUGGCAAUGGUUGUUGAUAAGGAAUAUUUUUUACAAACCGUAUUUCAUGCUGUACGGUGAAGUAUAUGCAGGAGAAAUUGAUACUUGUGGAGAUGAAGGUAUUAACUGCGUUCCCGGUGGUUGGAUACCGCCAAUUCUGAUGACCAUCUUCCUUUUAGUAGCAAAUAUCCUUCUAAUCAACAUGUUAAUCGCCAUUUUCAACAAUAUUUUCAAUGAAACAAAUGCCAUUGCGCAACAAGUUUGGCUUUUCCAGCGUUAUGAGCAAGUUAUGGAAUACGAAAAUACAUCUUUUUUUCCUCCACCUUUUACACCGAUAUCGCACUUUUUGAUUCUGCUUAAAUAUUUCUGGAAGUUACAUAAAAAGAGCGGACAAAGGAGACAAGGGACUGGUAAACGAGGAGGAUUUUUCGAUUUUUCAAUGAAGCUAAGUUUGAACGAUGACGAAUUACGUUUGUUGCAUGAUUUUGAGGAAGAUUGCAUGGAUGAUUUCUCGAGGAAGAAGAGUCUAUCGCAGGCGUUGCAAGUUGAUUACUUGAAAACAGCUGUGGAUAGAAAUGAUAGCUUGCAAGUUCAACUAAAUGACAUAGUAAAUGAAGAUUGUAAUAUGAAAUCGUUUCUGCGAGAAGUAGAAUCGAAACUCUAUGUUAUCGAGAAGAACCAGCAAGCGAUGCUCAAACUAUUGCAAAGCUCAACUGAUAAGGAAAGAAGUUCUAAGAAUUUAAUAAAUAACGUAGAAGCAAUUAAUAGAAAUGAUCUAAAUGUUAUGGGAAAGAAAUCUUUGAUAAAAAAGAGAGGAUCAGUUGAAAUGUAUGCAAACAUUAAUAGCAGUGAUGAUAACGAAAUCAGAAAAUUGCAUUACAUGGAUGAGCUUUCAGAAACUCGCAACAUUCACCAAAUUACAAAGAGAACGUCAUUUAUUCUUCGAGACGAAGUUUAUACAUCAAUAACAGAUACAAUUAAGAUGCCUAAGAUUCUGUAUGCUCCAGAUGAUUCAGUUCAACCAGCGGCUUCGCCUGGCAUACUUGCAACGCAACUUAAUGAUGCGGCACUCAGAAAUUUCGAAGAGGUAAAGUUUCUAGUUGCACAAUCGGAAGAGGUAUACAUGGAAGAAGCAUACAGCCGUCAGCAUGGUCCAUAUGUCAGACACGUAGUCGAGAAGAAUUAUCAGAAUCGACGAACAGCGAUACGAAUGAAAUUGCCAUAUAAACAUCGCCAUGUUUCAGAGUUGACAACUGAUCCGAAACAAUUUGAAUAUAAAUUUAAAGUGAUAACUGUGAGCAAUAAGUGUAGUGACGAAGUUUCAUCAAAGUCGUUGAAUACAGCAAAGACCACAGACAGUGUUCCUCUUGGAUUAGCAUUCGAUCAAGAAGAGAGCCCAGUGAAAAGUACCGCUGACAAGAAUCAGAACAAACGAAACACAUCGGUUGCGUUUGACGGGCAAUCAUUUCAGUAUAUCAGGAUUUCAGAAGAUUUUGUAAGGGGUGAGACAUCGCAUAACAUAAGAAGGAAUACUGUUAAAGACGUGCAGGGUUAUUAUUACAGCAAAAUACAAUAUACUGCUGCUGCGGAUAACAAGAUAAACGACUGUUUGGCACAUUUCCAGUCACACUCCGGAAGAAAUAAGCACAUGGAUGCUACAAUGCAUACACCGUUUUGUAUACCUCUCAAGCAACAAUCGAACCAUGGAGCAAAAUCAGAGGACGAAGGAGGAGCUCCACCCAGAUCGUUGUCAUUAUCAUCACAAUCCCAUUCUUCUCGAUUAGAUAAUUCAAAUGAAGGUUGUAAUCGUAGUAGUACCGCGAUGGAUGUUCCUCCAUCAAAAGUGGAUACAUUUGCUGCAUUUUUACCUCGCAAAAUUCUGCAACUUUUGUCUGCUUCAAAAUUCGGUUUUAGCUUAAAUCAUUAUUGCUGUUUAGGUGCACCGCAGAGAAGCGAAUCACUAAAUGAUGAUCAAAUAAAUUCAACAAAAGUCGUACCAUUAUCUUCAUCGCAAUCGGUGGUGAUUUCAUGUGACUCGAAGUCAUUUUUGUUCAAAAGUAUUGCUCCGUAUGUACAUCAACCGACAACGGUGCCGAAAGCGCCAUCCGAAGUUAAUCAGCCACCAGUACUACCUUCAGCACACUUGACCAAUGGUUCACUGGCUACCAAUCAAACUUUACCUCUCCCGCAUUGCAGCUUUUCAGUUCCGACAACAAAUGCUACCACUGUUACACUAUCACACGGUCCAUGCUGUGACCGUGCAGCAGAUGAUAGUCUUUGCAAAAAACGAGAUCCUUUGCCAGUGAAGGAAACACUCCACGAAGAUCAUUGCUGUGAGAAUGCUCCACGCAGAUUAAAACUUAAAACGACAGAUGGACCAUCUCCUGGAUUACGCCCUACUUACGGACGAUCUGGAUGGCACGAUGGUUCGAGACAAUCAAUGCUGCCCUGUCCUGGUCCUGGAGCAUCACGAUGUUAUACAAAACCAUCGCCUUCACUACCACUCCUUCCACUUGGUCAGGCAUGUGGUCGAGGCGCACCCCGGCGUCUUAUAUUGAGUAGUUUUACUGAGUCACAUUGUUGCGGAGCAGAAUCAUUUAGUGAACCAAGUGGAUUCAGGAAUAAUAAAGAAGGAAAUGAGCAAGCUUACAACUCGUACUAUGUAGGAAAUGUGCCAUCAAUUCCAACCUCAUCAAUAAUGCAAUCAACGUAUAGUGGUGCAAACAUUACGUACACAGCAGCAGGCACUGCACCACCUCCUAAAACAGGCGAUCCAGAUCAAGUUGUUAUAUGCUCUUCAACAACCAGUGGUAGAACUGUAACGUAUCCCUACCUAUCAAAAUCAACGUAUUCAUAUGCCGAAUGUGACACCGAUCACUCAAGGGCAUCACUUAUAGAAGGAAUAUGCAAAUCUUCAAUGCACAAGUAA